GAGGGCAUUCACGGUGGGCUCGCGCGUUUCGUCGGGCAGCGUCAAUCCGCCGUUCCACAUCGCGAACGCGCGUUGUUUAGUGAGCAGCGGGGAAGGAAGGCGACGUGCGGAAGUUUGUGGAGGUGCGCUUGGCUGAUCCGAACUCGACAGUCGCCGGUCGGAGCAAAUCCACAGGUGGUCGUCCGUUGUAGCUCAACAACGGUCGCUUUUUCGAGCGUCGGCCAAGCAUCACCUUGCUGCAGGUACCACCAUUCGUGGAUUGUUUUUGUCAACUACCCCGUUGUGCGGCCAAGUUACGUGUGUGCCCACAUGUGUGCGUUCGCGAUUGAAGCUCUGUGAUCGCCACGUGUUAAUCGCAUAAGAAGCAUCAAACACUUCUUCGCUCAAGCAUCUUGUUGUUUGCGACUGUUAAGGCUGCCAAGAAGGAGUGCAGCAGAGCUCCUGGGGCUAUCCAAGGUUUCUUCACUGAAGAUACGCCUGCGAGAGAAGCUCAGGAUGGAUUUAAAACUCGUCUUGUUCUUCAGCUCAAUGUGGACUCUUGCGCGGUCCAAAUGCCAGACUGAGGAGGCAAUCCAGGGCACCAAGACGUGCGGUAGCAGCUUCAAGAGUCAGCUGGCGCAGGGGUCGUUCAACAGUUCCAAUCCGGAAGAUCUACACCGGGCAUGCUGUUCCAUGGACCAGCUUGAGCGAUGCCUGCACAAGGCGAGCGCCGAGGCCGGUUGCAAAGAAGAGGUGUCCGUGCUGGUACAGACCCUGACGCAGACGGCCAAGGACCUUCUCGGAGACGUCUACAAUACGCACUGCAAGUUCGACUGCAACGGAGCCACCAGGACCCUUUCGGCGUCGUGGAUCACUGCCUUCUUCCUAACCGGCUGUUCCCUGUUCUUGCUUCGCGGGGGAGUGCUCGCGACAUCUUGAUUACGCUUGAUUCGGUCACACGAGAGAACGGCUAGAGGCCGAGAACAGCUCAAAACCAAAGUCUAGCCGGUGAUUGCGCGGUGGGCAUCGCAACUGGAUUUAACGAAGAGGCCGAAGUAAGAACUGAGUGCCUGUCGAAAGCAUCGGCUUACGUAAAGCUGUGGCCUUAGUGGGAACGCUGUGAUCAACAAAGAAAGAAUAGCAUAUGCACAAUCAUCCGCAAAUGGCUAUGGGACGCUCCCGCCAACUCAGAAGACGCUGUGUUUUCCGCCACAAGGCCAAAGAUCUGUGCGAUAUGUGCACAGACGAAAUAUGAAGCAUAAGUACCCUUAGCUGCGAUGUGUGCAAACAUUCCAGGGUUACGUGAUCAAAAUAUUCAAAAUAUUAUUUGAAUAAUAAAGUCAAACAUAAAAUAGGAUUGUGAUAUGCGCGAGAGGUAUCAUUAGCCUGAAGUUCCUCUUGAAACAACGUUAUCACUCGAUAUAAUGCAGGUCUUUAGCUUGUCCCUAUGUAUGCCAAGCUUUUAGUGACACUAAUUGCGAUUUCGUUGGAAAUGUUAUUUUAGACGGCAAUACGGACUGUUUACAUCGCCAAAAGUUUUAGCUGCCUCAGACAUUCCACGCGAACAAAAGAAAUGAAAUGUGGCACGUGUAACCACGCCGUCCUAAACAUACACCGCAGCGAUCGGUGUUUCGCUUAUCGCAGCUGCAUAUGACUCGGGUUUCAGUGACGCAGAUAAAGUACAUGCGUGUGAGUAGUUGAGCUAAUCCAGCACGUUCGUGCAAUGCAAUAAAUUUUCGCCCCCGAAAUAUCAGACAUGUGCAUAGAUCUACGGUGUGUGUUUCAUGCAUUCCACGUCCUACCACGUUUUUCAAGUGCACUUAUUUCCCCGAUGGUGUUAUACGGCGCAAUAAAAGCCCGCCUCUAAAACGUUUUCUGCUACUAAUGCUGUAUGCAUACGUCUUUAUGUGAGAGCGCUACUUCUUCAAAUACGGACAGGAUCUUAUGCAAGCCGCCUUCUUCGACGCUACAUGAAAAAAAUGUGCAUACUGAAGGUGUCGACGCGACGAUCCUAAGCAACAACCUCAAAAGCAUUACAUCCGGUCUGUGCGGUCGCUUCUUGAUAGGCACGUAUCUAGGCUAACGGUGGGGAGACUGGAACAGGCGCGCAUGCCGAAGCAUAUGCCACUCAAUAUCGCUCUGAUGAGGUCGAGCCUGUCUACGUUGUGAUCGCUGACAGAAUAGCCGUCAACCUUGUGAUUACUCAGCGCAUUGGCAACACCUGUCACGCGUUUAGGCGCAUGCAUUCCUGUCACUAAGCGAAUUAGCGCUGGGUUUGCGUUUCCUUUCACCCUUCCUUGCGCCUUUCACUUGCAGGGAAGGUAAGAAACUGAUGCCUCACCUUUUUCGCUGCUUUCGUCUCCAAAUUCCUCAUGGCGCUUCGGUAUCACACACGCGUUCCUCCUUGCUGGCACAGUUAGAACACACGGCAGACGUUCACUGUGGAGACGCUUCAGGCAUCAUUGUCACCGAAACACGUGACAAAAUAUGGCGGGCUUGUCAUCUGUGCCGUGACAAUGUUCUGUUACUUUCCCGCUUCUUUUGCGAGACUGCACGCGAAUGCUCAGUGAAGUCAACCACGAUCACACGAUUCCAUGACGUCAUAGUCACGUCCCAACGUUCUGUUUUAUCUCUGUUUUUUUUUUCUUUUCAGUUCUUUCGCCACAUUAACGCGUUUUCGGCAAGACUGCAUAUGCGUCUGUGUGUAUAUAGUAGCCGUCAUAAAAACGGCAUGGCAUGUGACGUAGAAACCAGGGGUGCACCUGUGAGACUGUUGACAUUGGAAUUUAAUAUUCACAUAAUUAUAUCUGGGGUUUUACGUCCUAAAACCGCGAUAUGAUUAUGAGAGACGCCGUAGUGGAGGGCUUCGAAAAUUUCGACCAUCUGGUGUUCUUUAACGUGCACCUAAAUCUAAGUACACGGGCCUCUACCAUUUCGCCUCCAUAAUUUAAUAUUCACAAAAAUAUGAAUGCUUUUCUUGACAGGGUGUUUUUCGAUGCACCUCUGGUUGUUACAGAGCUCGUUGGGUGAAAUUCCAUUCGAAUGAUUAUUUCUUACAUGAUCCAACAAAUAGUGUAAUCGUAUUUAAUAAAACAUUU